AUGUUUCUGAUAUGUAAAAUAUGGAAGAGGACUAUUCUAGUUAGCAUAUUUCUUCUAGUUCUAGCAUGGAUUACGAUUUCCCUGACUUUGAGAUCUCGUUUGGAGCAAAGAGCCCGGUUCUCUGGUAAGUUGUUUUCUGUUCAUCUGGAAGAAAUAAAUCAGGAAGAGUUUGAUUCACUUGUAGACAACUUGUAUAAAAGGAAAAAGUCGAACGUUGAUGGAAGUAACUUCUGGUUGUUAGAUACAAGUUCAAGAGUAAACGAAAUCAGUGUUCCAUCCUAUUAUUAUGAUAAACUGGUAAGUAAGCCACCCAUUCAAAUAUUUGACCCCAGGUUAACCUUGGCUACUUACUUAAGUCAUUUAGCUGAAGUAGGAGUAGGCGAAGUGCCCUUCCAUUGGUAUGAUUGGGCAGAUAUGUCAUUCAUAGAUAAGUACAUUCUAGCCAAACCGGAUGAUAAACCAAACUGUCAUAUUGCUAUACCAUUCUCAGAUGAUCCUAUAAAAGGAUAUUGUAGAGAUGAUAGUAGACUACCAACAUCCGGAAACAAUAAUGGUCUUGGUUUCAGUGUUUUCAAGCCAUCUCACUCUAGUAUAGAUCCUCAAGAAGGAGUUUUAUUAUCUAGGAGUUACUUAUAUUCUACUGCACCUGUUCCUCAAAGUAUAGUAUUCAAUGCUAAGAAUGGCUUAUACGAAAUGAGCAUCAAAGGGAAGCAAAAACUUCUAGAGUCUAAACUUAUAAACCAGGUGUUACAAAAUGAAAAGAAAGACUCCGCAAGCGGCAAAUUUAAGCUUGACCCAACGCUGGCAUUAAAGAAGCUUGUGUUGCAAGAACCAAAGAAAGUAUUAGAAACUGAAAUCUCUGAAGCUUCGUUCCAUUUUGAUCACGAAGGAGUGAUUGGAGAUUUUGAGAAGUCUUUAGCAGAUGGGGUACAAUUCUCUUCUUCAAAAGAGAAGAGAUAUUAUGAAUCCCUUAAGUAUUCUCAAUGGUUGGUGGAGAGCAACAAAGUGAAUAAAUAUCUUAGGGAAGCUAACUUGCAUGAUGGAGUUAAUGGUGAACACUAUGAUUGGAGAUUCUUUUCGGGUGAUAAGGAUGGUAGUUAUGAAGAGCUGCUUGUGUUACAUAGAUUGAUCAGGAACUGGUUAUCUUUUUCCAGGAAGGCGGGCGUUAAAUCCUGGCUCGCUCAUGGCUCACUCUUGAGUUGGUACUGGAAUGGGAUGUCAUUUCCCUGGGAGUCAGAUAUCGAUAUUCAAAUACCCAUUCAAGACUUACACAAGCUUGCGCGUCAAUACAACCAGUCCGUCAUCGUAGAAGAUGUUAGUGAAGGUUUUGGGCGCUACUUCUUGGACGUAACCUCUAGUAUUACCCUCAGAGAGAAGGGGAAUGGUUUAAACAACAUAGAUGCCCGAUUUAUUGAUAUAGAUACUGGUUUUUUCAUUGAUAUCACUGGUCUUUCAAUAUCAAACAUGGAAACACCUUCACGUUACCUUCAAAAGGUUCCUGAAGAAUUUAAAGUGAACAAAUUUCCGGAAGCCUUCAGCGAAGAAUCUGGCGAAACAAAAAAAGAAUUCAAAAAUAUCAAUGAACAUCUCCGCCUAUACAACUGCAGAAAUGGUCAUUUCAUUUCUUAUGAUGACCUCUUCCCUUUGCUCAAAGCCAGCGUAGAGGGGGAAAUCGGCUACAUUCCAUCAUCAUAUUCCAGAAUACUCAGCUCUGAGUAUUCAAAUGGAAUGCUCAAGAAAAAUUAUGCCCAGCAUGUCUUCCUUCCAAAAUUGAGAAUGUGGGUAAAGGAUGAAGAUCUUAAAUUGUUUAUACAAAGUCCAAAAGAGUGGCAAAGAUACUAUCAUCCUGAAACAGGUAUCUAUGUGAAUGGAAAUGUUUUACCACUUAUACAAAAAUCAAGGGAAAGUGAAAUUGAACCAGAAUCGGAGCCUGAAUCUUCGUUUGACCCAGAUGAGUAUUCAGAUACGCUAAGGUUUUCGGUCCAGGAAUUCAGAAAGGUUGAAGAACUAACCUACGAAGACCUUCUUCUGCUUGUGCUCAAAAACGAUAUUUUUAUGGAAUAUGUUGCCACAAGACAGUAUACUUCGACUCAUAAAGAUGACAUUGACCGAAUCUUCAAAAGCAAGUUCAAUAGGGGCCCGGGAAUCUCAACAUUUAUGGAAUCUAUUCCAUCAUUUAGGCAAGAUUACUUUAUGUACCGCUUUCACUCUGAUCACUUCAACUACGAUGAAGCGAUAUCAAGGAUGAUGAAAGAGGUCCAAGAAAGUAACAAAUUGUAG